GGGCAAUACAUGCAAGAAGAAGAAGAAGAAGAAGAGGAGGAAACUUCAGUCGAAAAAUCGAAAUCGUCACCAAAGGGCUACGUGAACAAUGGCGAGCGGAAAUACUCCUACAGUAGCGUUGCGAUCCGCGAAAGGAGUGGAAGUGUGGAAGACCGAACAACAGAAACAGCAGCUCACAUUUCUUCCGGACCCGAGGUUUACUCCCGACCAGAGUAAAUCUUGCCGCGCUAUUGUUUAUAGCCCCGACGGACGAUUUCUGGCCUGGGCCAAUGGGUCGACGGUGCAGCUGUGCCAGGUGACGGCGGCGGGCUGGAAGCCGAUCGCGUCCCUACCCCGUCCGAAGGCGUGCCAUCUGCGGUUCUCGCCGCUCGGCAGCUUCCUCAUGACGUGGGAGGUGUACACCGAGAAUCCGCACGAAACGCCGAAGGAGAAGCCGAACCUGUUCAUCUACCGUGCGGCGACGGGCGAGGAGGUGUACUCCAUCAUCCAGAAGCGUCACCAGGACUGGCAGAUGCAUUGGAGCUGCGACGAAAGCAUUGCCGCUCUGUUGGUCGGCGGAGAGGCACUGUUCUACGAUCAUGGCCCGACCGGGUCCGGCUUCGGGCAGGUGGUGAAGCGCUUCGGCGGCCUCCGGAACGGGGGACUCUCGGUGGCCCCCGGACCCUCGCCACCGCACAUCGGCGUGUACAUGCCGGGCACGAAGGGUGCACCGUCGAUGUGCCGCCUGUUCAAGUAUCCGAACCUGGAGCUGAACCAGCCGGUCGCGUCCAAGAGCUUCUUCCAGGCGGAUAAGGUGGACAUGAUGUGGAACCGGAAGGGCACCGGGCUGAUCCUGAUGACCAGCACGGACGUCGACACGACCGGCGUGUCCUACUACGGCAAGCAGGCGCUGCACUACAUGACGCCCAAGGGCGACUCGUGCGGCAUCCAGCUCAAGGCGGAAGGGCCCAUCCACGACGUGGCGUGGAGCCCGAAGUCGACGGAGUUCUGCGUGGUGUACGGCUUCAUGCCCGCCCGGGCCACACUGUUCAAUCUGAAGUGCGACGCGGUGUACGAUUUCGAGCCGGACAACCGGAACUCGGUCUUCUUCAACGACUUUGGCAAUCUGGUCGUGUUCGGCGGGUUCGGCAAUCUGCCCGGCUACAUCGAAACCUGGGACCUGGUGCGGCGCAAGAAGCUGGCCAACUUCAAGGCGCCCGACACGACGCUGCUGGAGUGGAACCCGGCCGGCGACACGUUCCUGACGGCCACGACCGCACCGCGGCUGCGCAUGUCGAACGGGUUCAAGGUUUGGCACUAUUCCGGCGCCCUGCUCGGCGAGUACAGCUGGGCCGGUGAGCUGCUGGAGGUGAUCUGGCAGAAGUACCCGGCGGGCACGUUCAAGCAGCCGGCCAUCUCCGACGAGAAGGUGGCAGGCAUCGUGUCCGCCACGCCGGUGGCCAGCAAGCAGAAGUACAUUCCACCCGGCGCACGGAACAGCGUGACCGUCUCGGCGAGCGGGGAAACCGUCGACCUUCGACCACCGAUUCCGGGGCUGCCGCCCGGCUACCGCUCUUCGGUGCAGAUUAAGAACAGCAAGAAGAGCAAGAAGGCGGCGGCAGCUGCGGCCAAAGCGUCCACUGCCACCCCUGCUGCUGGCGGUGAGUCCACUUCGCCGCCCGAGCCGAAGAAGCAACCGGCAAAGAAGAAUGCCGCCAAAAACCUACCCACCGACAAUGGUGAUCUGGCGAAUGGCAACGCUACCCAGGCGAAGCAGAGCGACACCACCACCACCACCACCAGCAGUAAUAGCAGCUUGCAGAAGGUAUCGCCCACGGGCGAUCCGGCAAAGGACAAAAAGAUCAAAACAAUUCAAAAGAAGCUGAAGGACAUCAAGGUGCUGAAAGAGAAGCACGAACGGGGCGAAACGCUUGUGCAGACGCAAAUCAUCAAGAUGAACUCGGAAGCCGAGCUCAUCAAGGAGCUGGAAGCACUGAAGGUGGCCUGAGCCUCUGUACAGUUCUUUCCAUUGACCAUGCUGUCAACAAACCACAACCUCCAGCCAACCUUCAGGUACCUAAGGGACGACCGCGUCUGUCUGCCUGCUGCAAAUUGAACAAUCGACAUCGAACGUGAAGAAAUAUUUUUGAUAAUACUUUUCUCCAUCUCCCCCUUGCCCCCUCCCUCUUUGUUAGAGCAUCAAAGCACACGUUUCGGAAACGGGUGAUGUCUUUUGGGAUGAAAUAAAGCAAACGUUUGCAAGAAAACCGAA